AUGGAAGCUCUUGCAGCAGCCAGCUUAGCAGGUAACAUCGUCCAGUUGAUUGACUUUGUUGCAGAAGUUUUCUCGAAAUCUGGACAGAUCUAUCACUCCGCAACAUGUGCAUCCAAAGAGGGCGAGGAGCAAGAUAUCAUCAUACAUGAGCUGCUGGUGACUCUGGAAAGCUUCAAGGCCAAAAAGCCGUGCACGAGGACUCAGAGUCUACGCAAAUCAUUCAAGUCAGUUUGGGGCAAGGAAAAAGUGCUGAGACCUGAGGGACGACUCCAGACAUUCCGCCAGGAGUUGAGUUUCCAUAUUCUUGUUGACCUAAGAGGUCAGCUCGACCUAUCCGGCGAUCAAGCCAAGAAUUACUUCGAAUCACUUGAGAAAUCUGCAAAGAUCAGUCUGAAAGACCUCGCGAACAUCAAACAGCAAGUGCAGGAAACACAAUCGAUCCAAAAACAGACGCAGAAUAUCGUAACCCAGGAAAUCGAUGCACUGGCCUUCAACUUGGAUCAACAAAAUGAAGGGAUACGCGCUCUUACAGCAGAUGAAGGGCACCAAUCCCAGGCGCAGAUACUCGAUGCUGUCGCGGAUGCAGCAACUAUGCAUGUCAAUGCCUUUUCUUCGGAAAGUGGGAAGAUCAAAGCCACGAUUAGAGACGAAACCGCAAAUUCGAGGGCUCAUAUUGCAGGCCUGAUGGAAACGAACCAGGAAGUAGUGAAGCAACAGAUCAACGAUCUGCAACGACGUCUCCAACAGCUUCAGAUAGAAAUUGACCGGAAGGAAUUUUUACAGUCAUUGCUGCAACAAGCUAAUGUGGCAGUUGAAACUGUCACCGUGGCUACCAAGUCAAAUGCAUUGCAACUUCGCUCUUUAUUCAAAAUCGUUCUUGCGAUGCGCCGUAAUGAUAACCUCUCUUUAGCAAUGUAUUAUGCUUGGUACUAUGAACCACUCUUUACCUCUUAUAGAUAUCGCAUAUUCCAAUCAGGAGUCUCUGCGAAGUUUUCAAUCGAGAAAGGGGUUAAAUCUCUGACACGCACGCCCGAUGAAUCAACUCCCUCCUCGGAACUGCGUGCAGUAUAUGAUUUAGCUAGAAGAGGGGACCAGCUUUUGUGGACGCUGACGGCAAUGACAGCAGCCUUGAAUGCUUACCUAGACCCCGAGGCAGUGGCUUUGGUUGUACAGACAGUUUUCAACAUUCGCGCAAAUCCGGCUUGCAUCCUGCACAGAACAAACAUCUCAUAUGUUGCGGACCUCGUCACGAAGUUCUUUACGCGCGAUGAACCAGCGCCCCCUCAACUUCAAAAUGCUCAGUACGAUUGUAAAUCCGUUGUAGGACAACGACUAGUGGAAGAUCUUGCUCUCUGGUCUCGUUUAGCCCACGUCUCUGGGCUGCAGCAGGAACUUUCAGCUCAGCUCGCCCCAAACGCCCCAAACGCAACCGGGUCGAUCCAAUGGCCAACGACUCGGUGUCUCGAAGCUGACUUGGCCUGUACUUUAUUGGCACUUUUUCAACAACCAUGCCCCUGGAGUGUCAAAGUCCUGAAGGACAUAACAUUCAAAAUAGAUCUACCUGAGAACGGCGUUCUGCUUCGCAAAAGUCACCCCUGGGUGCUUGCCUCAGCAACUCAUCUUAUUGCAUUCCUCGACACAAUGAGAUCAGCCGGUGUUGACAUCCGAAUCGAGGAAGUGGCGCCGGAUGAGGAGAGUUUUCCAGGAUAUGUCGCCGCUCAUAAUCAACCAUAUCAUACUUUACAUAUGGAGCAGCUCAGAUCUGCGAGCUGGCUCUGGCCACAAUUCAAGGAUUUACAGGGGUUUCGUUUCGACCGGGUUCCACAAGAACGGAUCGAAUCCAGCUCUGGUUAG